ACCACCACGAGCAGAACUGCGACCGGUCGCUUCACCUAGUUUCCAAUCCGAAGGCGGCAGCGUGAGGUUUUCCUCUCUAUAUAACGACCUCUGAACCAUAAUAUCUGUUGAAAAUCAAGUCAAAUCAACCAACAGUCGAGAACCAUCAGAGGCGUUCGUCCACUUCGGCAAGUGCCUGCGUCAAUGAUUGCGGCGCUUCAUAACGACACACGAUUUUCCAAUCGGCCAAAUACCAUGCUCGAUUAAUACGCAUUGUAUUCGAUAUUCCAUUCCAAUAAAACUCACCGAUUCCGUAUAUACAUCACAAGCGAGGCCCCUAGCCUUUUCGGAAUACGAUGCCGACACCAUCCUCUAACCCACCCCCGGAUCCGUCCCCUCCUGUACCUUACAACUUCUCAACAUGCCCAGAAGACACCCAGCACACAAAUACAGCACCGAGAACUGUACGAAAUGAAACACUUUCUGAAGAAAACUCACGAGAGUCUUCGCCUGAAAGCGGCAAUAAUCGCCAUACCCAAUCACAGCAGCCGAGGUUGUCACCGAAUCUAGAUGGCCCUGGUGUAGCGAAUGAUCCCUCCCAGAACAAUACACUCACCGUUGAGAUAUCUCUCCCAAUCUCUCAUACAUCCGCUGUCGGUCUUCCUUCACCUGCGCCAAGCGGGUCGGGCAGUGAAGUCCUAAACGGUCGAGACUCGAUGACGGUGCGGACUACAGGAGAUUCCAAACAGCUACCUGAGACGACACAGGAGCUUAAACCGCUUCUUUUGACAAGAGAAAUUGAACUGCUCCAAAUGUCGCCACUAACUGAUGAGACAUACAUUGCCUCAGAUGGACCUGAGUUCUCCACAAGACGAGCUAUUCCAAUAUCUCCAUCCUCUUUUCUGCGUCCCGGAAGCAAAUUUCACGGCAGUCAACAAUCAGAACGGCAAGUUUAUGACGUGCAGGUAGAAAUCAAAUUUGUGGAUUUGCGAGAAAGCUUUUUAUGUGGUUAUCUACGUAUCCAAGGACUCACCGAGGAUCACCCUACUCUGACAACUUAUUUCGAGGGAGAAAUCAUCGGCUCGAAGUACAGUUUCUUCACCCAGCAUGACGACUGGGGGGCGAACCCAACCGUUGAUUUAAACCACUGGGGGAAGUUCAGUGCUUUCAGGCAAUUCUAUAAAUAUGCCUCCAGAAGUCCCAUGAGUAUGCAUGACGUCGCACAGAAAGAAAACAUAUUUAUGCGAUGGAAAGAGCACUUCCUAGUUCCAGAUCAUCGGGUCAGAACCAUUACAGGAGCCAGUUUUGAGGGCUUUUACUAUAUAUGCUUCAAUCAGUUGAAGGGGGAAGUCAGCGGGAUAUAUUUCCAUUCUAAAAGUGAAAAAUUUCAACAACUGGAGCUGCGACAUGUGCCUGAUAAAGGAUGCUUUAACGCAAUGGAGCUGCGAUGAAAUUUCAAUUCAUAUACUCUAUAAUAAUCCCCCUGCGAUAUUGAUAAUUUUGGCACAUGAAUGGGAGCAUCGAGCUAGUGACCCAGAUGCAAGGAUGGCAUUUUGCGCCUAGAUAUUGUUCUAUUAUCAUUAACGCCUUCGAAUUUCAUGAAUCCGGACAAUCUAGCUUUCAAAUUUUCUAAAGUAUCCACGGCGGAAUGGAUUAAGUUCAUCUGCAGUGGUGCCAGCGGUUUCUGCCGUAGUCCUGUUGUUGUACUCAUCCACGGCUUCGGAUGAUACACUUGUAUCUGGUAUUCGGCGGUACGUUAUAAGUCUACGUGACCCUGCUUCGCCUUAGUAUAAGUGUAGUUAUGAAUUGCUUAUGUACUUACAUCUGUUGAACGACUGGAUACAAAUUGAUAUUGUUUCUAAUCGGGGAUGUGUUGGCGGUGGUAUCUGCUGAUCUUCCUCGUUUGCCGUAGGCAUCCAGAAAGAUAGUCGUCCACCAUCUACCAGGGUUUGUGCCGCAAAUUCCAGUAUAUCGUCGAGAAUGGCAAAAAAGCUGUACGGUUUCUUUGGGGGAAUGAAGUCAGGUGAGCUGUUCAUAUUCGGUUAGCAGUUGGUGGAUAGAGUGCAGAAUAACCAGUAGAUAUUUUUUUAACGCACGAUGCAAGCUGUAUGCCUUUUUCGAUAACCCAUGGUGUUUUCUCAGGGUCCCUAACGCCUAAUACCCGGAGGCCUUCUCGCACACCGUAAGGGGGGUCGCACACAAUUCCGUCCCAAAUUCGUCGGCCUGGUUGGAUAGGGCUGUUUGUAAUGUCGGCCGCAAACGCAUCUCCUAAUCUCCCCAGGAGUGAAUAUUGUUCAAAAUUGCUCACAAGACAUUUGCCGUCACCUUCUCCUCUGAUACUUCGUCCGUCGAUAUCACUGCCCCAUGCCAUGGCCCCAAAGUGUGCGCAAGCCACGGGGAAUGACCCAGUACCAACAAACGGAUCAUAGAAGAUCUUUCCAGGGGCUGCGAGUGCGAUAUUUGCCGUUAUUAAGGCAAGCUCUGAAUCCAUACUUGUCGUUGAUAUGUAGUGUCUCUUCUUCAGGUCAAACUUGAGAACCACGUCGCGAGAUGAAUUCGCAAUAUAUCUGCCGAGGAAUAUUUUUGUUGGAUUUUCAAUUCCCAUCGGCACGCUAUCAAAUGGCCAUAUGUCAAAUACUGUGAAUAUCUCAUCCGGUUUGGACAUCUGAAUCUUGCCCUUGAGCGGUAGGUAGCUGAAAGAGUUGAUAAGUUCGAGGCGUUUGGCAUUCGGUCGAGAUCCCUGGUACGAAUCAAUGACAAAUUUGAAUGACGAUUGUUCAUACUGCUUCCAGACUGAACUGUCUAGAUUUCGUAGAUUAUCAUGCAGUUGUGCCAAAGUAUCGCCUGAUCCAUACAGCUGGUGGAUUGAUUGUGCGAGAAUGGAGCGGCGUACCAGCCGUGCGGCAUGUUCUGGGGACUCCAGUCGAACUAUACACAAAGGU